AUGAAGAGACUUGGAGUUGAUCCACCAUGUGGAGUUCUCGACCCAAAGGAAGCAGUUCUUCUUUCCGUUUCCUGUGAUGCUUUCGCCUUUGGACAGGAGGAUACAAACAACGACCGUAUCACUGUUGAGUGGACCAACACCCCGGAUGGAGCUGCCAAGCAAUUCCGCCGUGAAUGGUUCCAAGGAGACGGUAUGGUUCGUCGUAAGAACCUCCCAAUCGAGUACAACCCAUAG